UAAAAGAGAGUGAGAGAAAGAGCAUAUUUGGUGGCUUGCUGUUACUCCUUCCAUCCUCAACAAGUUUCACUGGAGACAUCAAUUUGGUAUUACUCUUUCCAUUUUCCACAACCUCCACCGGAGACAUUGAAGGGCAGUAGAUCGGUUUGCUGCUAACUUCUUCCAUCUUCGACAAGAGCCACCGGAGACGUUGAAGAGCUCGUGUUCAGUCUCGACGAACAAAAGGAAAUGAGCGGAGACGAUAGAAUGAUUGAGCUGUUCAUCUUAUUCCAUCAGGAUGGUAUUCGCAGCAAAGUGAGAUGUAGGCGUGACAAAAUGACGAAAAUUUUAUUGGUAGCUUAUUGUGACAAAAAACAGUUGGAGUAUGGAGACAUUCGGUUCCUGUAUGAGGGGAAGCGCCUCCCCGUGAAGAAGACCCCGAAUGAGAUGGGCAUGAAAGAUGGGGAUGAGAUCGAAGCAUUUAUGAAUGUUCAGGGAGGAGGCCUGCUCGCCAUUUGAUGAUUGGAUUUCAACUUUCAAUGCCUUUACUUGUUUUCAGUUUUCAAAAGCAUGUAUGUGUUUGUCCAUUUUUAAUUAUGCUAUGUAUUGCCAAAAACCUCCUGGUCUAGUGACAAAUUGCUCUUCUCAUGGGAAACAAUAUUAACUAACAGAAUUAUUAGUAUUUAAAAAAAAAAUAUAUUCUAUGUAAUAAAAUUGGAAUUAAGGUAGGUGUAA